AUGAGCUUCACACCUUUUUCAUACCCGUCACCUUCGCCCUUUGCUAGCUCAGCACCGGAUGACCACUCGAUCCUAGAUGCCACUUCAGCUUAUGCGUCCUCUAUGUAUGCGACUUCCUUCGAUAUGCAAAACAUUCAACAGCUGGCUGGCUUGGGCAUAUCACACUUCGGCAUGGGAAAUACUGCGUCUGAGACGGAACUGUAUGCGCAUCCAGAACCUCCUACCUUGUCAGCCAACGCUUGGUCGAAUACAACAUUCAGUUCCGAGAACUUCCUCCAACCCCCUCCAGAAUACAGGCUCUACUCUUCAACAACCAUCUUUGAACCGUUUAGUGGUGUCAUGGAGGCCGCUCCCUCCCCGUCAAGCUUCUAUAGCUCACAUACCUUAAGUUCGUCGCCGAGUCAUGGUUCGAGUACCGAGACCGAGGGCCACCACGAAAUUGCGCCGGAUGACGGGUCAUCCGUGUGGCCUCGCACGCCGACUUCUAAUUGUCCGGAUAUGCCAGUAGACUAUAUCAUGAAGGAGGACUCGCAUGGAUUGCAGGGACCGCCUGUGCGCCAAGGUUCAGCUUCCAAUGCAUCUGCUACACUUUCCCAGAUGCCACCUAUGCCUCUUAGCAACACAAGCCCUGGGCUACAAUGGCCUCCCAUCGAUAGUCGCAGCAACUCAGCUGGGUUGGUUUCCGACCAAGGAAAUGCACUCGGACGAAUCCCCUGCGAAGUAAUCUCAAGGUGGAUCGAGGAGGUGGCCAGAACCCCCGGUGAAGGGUUGAAGAUACCACCUGCGAGUGGCCUGAAGUGCAGUGUGUGCGGAUUCCGGUUCACUCGACGCUCUAACUGCCGGGAGCACGAGAAGAGGCAUGACCCUAAGCUAAGGAAGUCUUUCCCAUGUGAUAUUUGUGGAAAGACAUAUGGGCGGAACACUGACCUUCGGAGACAUGUGCAGAGCGCCCACAUUCAGGAGCGUAAACACUACUGCGACCAGUGUGGGCAGAAUUACAGCCGACAGGAUACGCUUAAUAGACACAAGCUAGACGGAUGCUCUCGGAAGAUGCGAAAGUGCAACCCUUCGUAA